AUUCUCUAUUUUUCUUUUCAUAUUCUCCUACAAACAGAAGAAUACGAAGAAGAAGAAGCACCUGAAGUGGAGGAAACCCACGAGGCAGAAGAGGAACCAGAGCUUGUUGAGGAAGAGGAAACACAGGAGGAGGAAGGUUAUGAGGAGGAAGACCACGGUGAAGAAUACGACGAAGAGAAGCCAAAACCUAAACUCACCGCCCCUAAAAUCCCAGAAGGUGAAAAAGUUGACUUUGAUGAUAUCCAGAAGAAAAGACAAAACAAGGACUUGAUUGAGCUGCAGUCUCUCAUCGAUACACAUUUUGAAGGCCGCAAGAAAGAGGAAGAGGAGCUCAUUGCCCUGAAAGACAGAAUUGAGAAGCGUAGAGCUGAAAGAUCAGAACAGCAGAGGAUCAGAGCAGAGAAAGAGAAGGAGCGUCAGAACAGACUGGCUGAGGAGAAGGCAAGAAGAGAGGAGCAGGAUUUACUAAGACGUGCUGAGGAUGACAUGAAGAAGAAGAAGGCUCUGUCCUCCAUGGGAGCCUCAUACAGCAGCUACCUGGCCAAGGCUGACCAGAAGAGAGGCAAGAAACAGACAGCCCGUGAGCAGAAGAAGAAGAUCCUAGCAGACCGUCGCAAGGCCCUGAACAUUGACCACCUUAAUGAGGACAAAAUCAGGGAUAAGGCCAAGGAGCUGUGGGACUGGCUGUACCAGCUGGAGUCUGAGAAGUUUGAGAUGGGAGAGAAGCUGAAGAAACAGAAAUAUGAGAUUACGACUCUGCAUAGGAGGGUAGAAGAAAUCUCCAAGUUCAGCAAGAAGGGAGCUGGAGGAGGCAAAGGCAAAGUCGGAGGCCGCUGGAAGUAAAAUCUCCCAGAAGAAUCAAAAUAAGGUCAUGACAGAGAGCAGCCUCCCUCCUCUUACCUUUCACCAUACCCAACCCUGCUGGAAGCUGGAUCCACUCGGUGCCCUAAGAGAUAGUGACCCUGUCCGCCUCUGUGAGCAACCUCUUUCUUUCUGUGGACUGCUCUGUAUAAUCUCUACUCUUUUGUAAAUAAAGUGUGAAGCUUCUUACCCGAA